AUACCACAAGGUGAUCCAGAAGCCAUCCGAGGACAAGACGAUGCCCGCGAUCCUCCCGCGCACUCGCAACGCGCGAUGCCCCAAAUGCGGGCAAUGCGAGGCCAGAUUCUGGAAGGCCAGGCCUCCUGGCGAGCUGCUGGUGAGCCUCUUCUUCGCGUGCUGCCACUGCACGCAUCGAUGGCAGGAGCGCCCGGAAGAACACGCCGUGUGAGGGCGGCGAGAGAGAGAAAGAAAACCCUCGACGCAAGCUCGAAGAACACGAAAAGCAUUUAGAAUGAUUCCCUUUGAAAAACCCUAGAAAGGCGAGGACGAGCCGAGAGCUAGGGUUUGUAGGGCAUGGCGCAUUGCGAUCGAUGGCGGCGAUGAGGAGCGAUGGCCGGCAUGGAGGUGGACGACGGCCCCGCUAGGGUUGGCGGCAAGCGCCACAUUUCCAGCCAUCGCAUCCCCCAGGUGUGUAGAUACUGGCAAGAAGGCCGAUGCAACAAGGGCGAUAGCUGCCAGUGGCUCCACUCGUCGGGCCCUGGAACAUCCGGGAGGCUCGAUGGCGAUAAUUUUCUCGUAGGAAGCAAGCGGCACAACAAUGUAGUUGAGGGGCGGCGAUGGGGGAAGCCUCGCGGGCGGAGAGGCGGCGGUGGCGGUGGCGGCCGGGGGAUUUUCACAGACGGUGGGAGACCGCGUCCCAGGGACAAGCCUUGUAUAUUUUGGAUGAAAGGCGACUGCAAUCGUGGUAGCCAAUGCAAUUUUCUUCAUUCCUACAGCACUACUACAGAGAUGGAGAUGAUGACCCAGCUCACAGGCCACACCAAGGCCGUGAAAGGAAUCGCAUUAUCUUCUUCGUUAUACACGGGAGGCCAGGACAAGUCCGUCAAAGUGUGGAACAGCGACGACGGAAAGUGUACAACCACUGUUCCUAUGGGAUCUGAGGUGGAGUCACUACUUAUCGCGUCUGGGUGGCUGUUUGUGGGGCUUCCGAACGAAGUUCGGGCGUGGAACAUGCAAACCAACGCUCAGCAAAGUCUGGACGGCCCCAAAGGUCAAGUUUAUGCUUUGGCUGUCUGCGAGGAUGCUUUGUUUGCCGGUUCUCAAGACGGAAGCAUUCUGGCUUGGAAAUACAACACGGCGGUAAAUGCUUUCCAGCCGGCGUAUGGUUUGUAUGGCCACGCCGGUGCUGUUGUAACACUGCAAGCUGCUGGCGGCAGACUCUAUUCCGGGUCCACGGAUAAGUCCAUUCGGGUAUGGAACAUCGCCACCAGAGAGUGCUUAUUUACUCUUCAUGGCCAUUCUAAUGUAGUUAUGAGCCUGCUUUGCUGGGAGCAAUUUUUGUUAUCGUGUUCUUUGGACGGGUAUAUAAAAGUCUGGGCGGCCACUCCAAGUGGAUUAGAAGUCACUUACACGUACCCUGAAGAUGAUCAGGGAGACGAACUCGAUGGUGCUCUGGCUUUGUGCGGUACAGUCGAUGCGCAAGGGAAGCCAGUGCUCUUGUGUUCAUACAACGACAACACUGUGAGACUGUAUGAUCUUCCAACUUUUAACGAGCGAGGAGUUUUGUUCUCUCGAGACGAAGUGAGAGUUUUGCAAGGCGGCCCUGGAGGGCUGGUUUUCUCCGGAGAGAGUUCUGGGGAUGUCAAGGUGUGGUGCUGGACCAAGGCCAUUUCGUCUACAGGCUGAUUGAUUGGCGAUAUAGAUUUGCGAAAAAAUGGGAAUAAAAAAGAGAGCAAAGGCCAA